GGUGCGGCGCAGCUCCUGCUCGCCUUUCCCUUCGCUGGGCGAGAGGUGUCUAUGGGGCACCCGCUGCCGCCGCCGCUACCGCCACCGCCACCGCCGCCGCCGCCGGGUGCUGUCUCUAUGGCGAGGAGGAGGAGGAGGAGCGCGAGCUCAGCGACACAAGUACAUAAAUAAAGGAUAAAAUAUUUUAUGAAACAAAUCUUCAAUCAAGUAUAACAUUUUGAUGCUUGGCAUCUAGACUCCCUUGUGCCCUCACUAUGCCAGCGGCAACUGUAGAUCAUAGCCAAAGAAUUUGUGAAGUUUGGGCUUGCAACUUGGAUGAAGAGAUGAAGAAAAUUCGUCAAGUUAUCCGAAAAUAUAAUUACGUUGCUAUGGACACCGAGUUUCCAGGUGUGGUUGCAAGACCCAUUGGAGAAUUCAGGAGCAAUGCUGACUAUCAAUACCAACUAUUGCGGUGUAAUGUAGACUUGUUAAAGAUAAUUCAGCUAGGACUGACAUUUAUGAAUGAGCAAGGAGAAUACCCUCCAGGAACUUCAACUUGGCAGUUUAAUUUUAAAUUUAAUUUGACGGAGGACAUGUAUGCCCAGGACUCUAUAGAGCUACUAACAACAUCUGGUAUCCAGUUUAAAAAACAUGAGGAGGAAGGAAUUGAAACCCAGUACUUUGCAGAACUUCUUAUGACUUCUGGAGUGGUCCUCUGUGAAGGGGUCAAAUGGUUGUCAUUUCAUAGCGGUUAUGACUUUGGCUACUUAAUCAAAAUCCUAACCAACUCUAACUUGCCUGAAGAAGAACUUGACUUCUUUGAGAUCCUUCGAUUGUUUUUUCCUGUCAUUUAUGAUGUGAAGUACCUCAUGAAGAGCUGCAAAAAUCUCAAAGGUGGAUUACAGGAGGUGGCAGAACAGUUAGAGCUGGAACGGAUAGGACCACAACAUCAGGCAGGAUCUGAUUCACUGCUCACAGGAAUGGCCUUUUUCAAAAUGAGAGAAAUGUUCUUUGAAGAUCAUAUUGAUGAUGCCAAAUAUUGUGCUCAUUUGUAUGGCCUUUGUUCUGGUUCAUCCUAUGUACAGAAUGGCACAGGGAAUGCAUAUGAAGAGGAAGCCAACAAGCAGUCAUGACAUGAAAUAGUCCUUUUAUUUUUAUUUCGAGCUACACACAUGCUUGUAUAUAGGUUUUAUCUCUGGUUGAAUCCCUCGAACAAUAGACAGUACCUUUCCCCCCCCUUUCAUGGCCCAUUUUAUUGUCUGCCUUUCAGUACUAAGUAUGACCGUUCCUAUCUCAGAUCUUAAUAAAAAGAAAAAAAAACGCAAA